AUGGUUGCUGAGCUUGGACAGUAUGUUCAUGCAAUUGGGACGGAUUCCAACAAUUCGAUGGAACCCCGCAGUAUUGAAGCAAUCUACAUUGAACCUACAAAGGGACAACAUACUGGGCACUGGCCGAUAAUCCAGCGUGUUGAAGCCUGGGCUACUGCUGAAGGUAUUACUUCUGUCAAGUUCUUUGAUAAGAAGAGAGAUUUGGAGACAUUUCAAGAUGGCGAUCAAAUUGCAGGAGUGGAUGACACGGAACGAGGUUACUUAGAAGAAGCCUUUGAUCAGGACUAUGAACCUGAAGAUGAACAUGAACGUGAUUUUAAUCUACGUGGACAAUUCGAUGAUAUUGAUGACUCCAAAAGAAAUGAGCUCUUGGCAGAUGCAGACAAUGAUGUCAAUGAUGUGCCAGAACUCACUGUCAGAUUCCAAGGAGAUGAUGACUAUGAAUCAGAUGACGGCGAUUCGGGUGAUGAGGAAGAAGAAGCUAUUGUGGCCAAUUUGGAUCACCAUCAAGAAAAUGUCGAUAGAGGAACCAAUGCUAUUGGAAGCCUUGUUACUGAUCUGCAGGAUCUACAAGAACCGCCAGACGAAGAGAUUGUAUUUGAGCCUGAAACGCCUCAAGUAGCAAAAUUCACUCAAUCCGGGCAAACAUAUGCGCAAGCUGCAAUGUGGACUUCAAGCAGGGGUGGCAGUUCUGCCAAUAAGAACAUGAAUCGAGUUGCGGCAAGACGCAAGCAUGGGGAGAGGGAAUUGAAACCAUUGAAGGACAAAUUGAAGUCUAGUAUUCGUACCAAAGAAGAAAGUUGCAGUACUAAAGACAGUAAAGCUAUCCUUGAAGCACAGCACAAUCUAUGUUUCCAAAAGAUUGGGAAUGAGAUGAAAGCUGAUUAUGAAGGGCACGACGCUAUUCUGAUUGCUGGUUGCAUGAUGCAGAUCAAGGCCAAGUUUGAUAAUGAUGACGGUCUGAACUUCAUUCAACAGUAUUACAUCAAUCAAGGACUGAAGAAGUUUGGUGAUGAUGGAAAAGAUGCAAGAAGCAAUCACCACUACUUGUGUUAUUGA